GGAGGGUGACACGAAAAAAUCAACUUUUUUAUUUUUGCAUAAAUGUGUUCUGUUUGGGACCCAGAUGCAUGUUAUAAAGAUUGAAAUAUUUUAAUUAAUUAUUGAUGAAGUUACAGAAGGUUUAGUGAGGCAGAUUUAGCAUCCUGUCUAAUGGACUUCCUGUUGUGGUUGAAUGUGGGCGCGGCUACUACGUGAUGUCAUAGAAGGAAUACAUGCAAAACUGAAUGCAACUCAACUGUAGCUACUAUGGUCAACAGAUGUGUAGCUGCUGGGUGCUCAAACACUCCUAGUGAAAAAGUAAGCUUGUUUAAGUUUCCCAAGGAUGCUGGAUUAAGAAAAAAGUGGGAAAAGCAAGUUCAACGAACAAGAGCUCAAUGGAAGGCCACUGAUCACUCCUUCGUUUGUAGUGAACAUUUUACUGAUGACAGCUUUGAAAUUGACUCAGCUCUUGCUUCUCAAUUUGGCCUGAAGAAAAGAAGGCGGCUGAAACCUGAAAGUGUCCCAACAAUAUUUCAUCGAUCACCCCAAACAGAUCACGAAAUUGGUCAUAAGAGAAGAGCAGAAGGGAGUGGCAUCGGAAGAAGAGGAGUUGUAGAGAAAAGGCAACGGCAUGAGAUUGUCAAUCAAAUUAUUGCUGGACCCUCACACCUUCCAACUGUCAGUGAGGCUUCUGCUGAAGUCGAAUCAGAUGAUGAACCUAGUCCUAAAUACAACCAUGUAUCAGUGCAAGCCUGUGUUCAAGUUAGCCAAAGAAAUGUGCGUACUCAAGUAUUGCCAAAAACAAGCACCAAAGAAAUACAAGUCAAGGUCACACCACUAUUUCAAGAUGCUGAAGUGCAAUGUAAUCUCACACAAGUAAAUCCCCAAACAGCAGAAGCGGGUGUACAAUGUGUUCUCGAUGUGCCCUUGUUUGAAUCUACUCCAAGGAGAUGUCCUACAUCUGAUUCUGAGUGUUCUAUUGACAUGAGUACAUCAACAGGAACAUAUCAAGAAUCUUCUGAUGAGACGACUGAUGGGACGAUUGAGCCUUGUAAUGACCAACACAGACCAAACGGAGAUACUUUCUACAUGGUAUCGGAAUCUUCCCUUUUGCUACUGUUUGUGUCCUGUUUCUAUUGUGGAAAGAGUGCCGUCAUUAAGAAGGUGGUUUUUGGUUCUUUCUUACGAAUUGUUCAGACAUGCAGACAUUGCCGCAAGAAACGUGUAUGGGAUAGCCAGCCUUAUGUGUGCAACAUUCCCCUUGGAAAUAUACUUAUGUCAGCUGCCAUUCUCUACUCUGGAGCAUUCCCAUCUAAAGCUCUUCACAUCUUCAAGAUCCUAAAUGUCGCUGCAAUCACUAGAAGAACUUUUUUUCGCCAUCAAAACAAAUACCUUCAACCUGCAAUUGAUAACGUUUGGAAGCAAAAUCAGAAGUCCCUAUUGAUGUCACUAAAAAAGAAAGGAAAACCGCUAGUGCUAGCUGGAGACGGACGAUCAGAUAGUCCUGGUCACACUGCACAGUAUGGUUCUUAUUCAGUCCUGAACAAGAUAGUUGACUUCAAAUUGGUUCAGAGCAAUGAAGUUGCUAGUAGCAACCACAUGGAGAAAGAAGGUCUUAUACGAGUGUUAGAAUUUUUGAAGAAGAAAGGUAUCAAAGUGGGGACGUUGGUCACAGAUAGACAUCAACAGAUAGCUAAGUUCAUAAGGGAGCAGAACCCUGACAUCAAGCACUACUUUGACAUAUGGCAUGUUGUGAAAGGGCUUCGUAAAAAGUUGAAAGCCUUAGCCAAAACAAAAGAUUGUGAGCUUGUGGGCAAAUGGGAACAAAGCAUUACCAACCACAUGUAUUGGUGUGUUGCAUCCACCCCCGAUUGCAAAGGAGAUGUAAUGGUAGCCAAAUGGUUAUCAUUAGAUAACCAAGCACUCUGGACAUGGACAACUCUUUCGAAAGUGUAGUCAUCACAGGCUUGUUGGACGAAAAAGAAACAAAAAGUGGUUUAAAAGACACACUAAAGCCAGUGAAAAACUAUCGCCUCUGCUGACAAAUCCUAGAGUGUGUAAAGAUGUAGCUAAACUUUCACCUAUGUAUCAAAAAUCUUCACUCGAAGCGUUCCAUAGUGUGGUCAUACACUUUGCCCCUA